AUGGAUUUUGAACUGCGAAGAGCGAGAGAGAAGAUAGAGAAAGAGCAGAAGGAAAGAAAGGAGAAAGCGAGAUUGAGAGUUCUGAAGGAAAAGAAAGCCAAAGAGGAUGCUCGGAUUCAAAGGGAAGCCAUUGAAGCUGCUCAACGAUCUCGUCGUAUUGAUGCCGCUGAAGCUCAACUCAAGGCUGACCAAGAGAUGCAAGAAAACCUACUUGCUGGGAGGGGAAUUGUAUUUUAUCGUUUACUAGAAGCUGUCCCUUAUCAAGGCAUUCAAUUUACUGACGAAGAGAAAACGGGAACCACCCAUUCAGGAGUUUUAGAAUUCACUGCCGAUGAAGGUUCAGUGGGUCUUCCUCCUCAUGUAUGGAAUAAUUUGUUUUGUGAAGGUUCUAUUAUGGAAUCUCCAUUGGUUGAAGUCCGCUAUGUUUGGCUUCCAAAAGGGACUUAUGCGAAACUUCAACCUGAAAGAGUAGGAUUUUCUGACUUACCAAACCAUAAAGCUAUCCUCGAAACAAGUCUUCGGCAGCAUGCUACUCUUUCUCAAGGUGACAUUUUCAUUGUAAACUAUGGAGAACUUGAAUACAAAUUGAAGGUGCUUGAGUUAAAACCUUCUUCAAGUGUAUCUGUUUUAGAAACAGAUAUUGAAGUUGACAUAGUUGAUCCAAUUGAAUUCUCAGAACAGACUCAUCAACAUGUUUUGAUUCCAGUUGUAUUUCGGACGUCACAAACCGGAACAGUAGAAGAAGGAAAGUUUGUGUAUUACAAGUUUUCAAUAGACAAUGACACAUGGGAGAAAAUUUCUAGUGGGAGUUCUAGUAUUGAGGUAAAAUUAGAAUCAGAGACAAAUGAGGGAGACACUGAUCUUUUCAUUUCUAGACAUCCUCUCAUAUUUCCUACACGACACCAACAUGAGUGGUCUUCCCAUGAUAUUGGAUCAAAGACUUUGAUUCUCAGCUCUAAAGAUAAAAAUUUGGCUGCGGGGACUUACAGCAUUGGUGUAUACGGCUUUAAAGGAUCAACUGAGUACAAGCUAUCAGUCACGAUUCAAGAUAAUUUAAACCAAAAAUUGGGUCAGCAAGCAUCAUCUUCUAUGUCAUCCAUGGAAUUGGAUACUGAACAAUGCAGGAAUUGCAGGCAUUACAUACCCUCAAGGACCAUUGCACUUCAUGAAGCUUACUGUACCAGGCACAAUGUUACUUGCCAGCAUGAAGGGUGUGGAGUUGUUCUUAGAAUCGAGGAGUCCAAAAAUCACAUUCAUUGUAACAGGUGUGGUCAAGCUUUCCAGCAGGCAGAAUUGGAAAAACACAUGAAAGUUUUUCAUGAGCCACUUAAAUGCCCUUGUGGAAUAAUACUUGAGAAAGAGCAAAUGGUGGAACAUCAAGCAUCAGUUUGCCCCUUACGACUGAUUUCAUGCCGGUUUUGUGGUGAUAUGGUUCAAGCUGGAAGUUCUGCCAUGGAUGUCCGUGACAGAUUAAGAGGAUUGUCUGAGCACGAGAGUGUUUGUGGGUCAAGGACUGCACCUUGUGAUUCUUGUGGACGUUCAGUAAUGUUGAAGGAGAUGGACAUACACCAGAUUGCUGUUCAUCAAAAAGGCUAA